AUGCCUCCCAUCGCCCGCGGGCUCACGUCCUGCGCGACCUCAUACCGCACACCACGGACCCUUGCUCACGCGCUGCCACCAUGGGCGCCCUGCUCGUCCUCUCCAGCUGGUGUCGCCCUGAUCCGUCAAAAGUGCUGCGACCGAGCCACCACGCCACCAACCACUCCCGCAACUCUACCACCAGCAAGCCGGUCAAGACGCCGCCCCUCGCCUGGGAGCCCGUCGCCUCUCCUGUCAAAUCGCCGCUCGUUCCACUCUUACGACCACCCCGCCCCCGCUGGACCCUUCUCCCCCACCGAGCGCGCCAUCCUGGCCGCAGCCUACGCACACAUUCCUCAGCACGGCUUCACUCAAAAGACCCUCGCCCUCGGCGCCAGGGAUGCUGGCUACCUCGACAUAAGUGCCAACCUGCUCGCCGACGGAGUUUUCACCCUGGUUCAAUGGCACCUUGUGUCGCAACGGGAGGCCCUGGCCGGAAAGGCGAGGGCCAUGUUUGAGGGCGACGAGGCCCAGGGCCUCGGCUUGGGAGCAAAGGUCGAACUGUUGACGUGGGAGAGGCUCAUGGGCAACAGAAAUGUCAUCGGAAAACUGCAGGAGGCACUCGCAAUCAUGGCCCAGCCGUCCUACGUACCGGCAUCUCUUGCGGAGCUCGCAAAACUGUCUGACGAGAUAUGGUUUCUCGUGGGCGACACCGCCGUCGACCCCUCCUGGUACACAAAGCGCGCGUCCCUGUCCGCCAUCUACGCGUCAACGGAGCUGUUCAUGACCACCGAUCAAUCCAGCGGCUUUCAGGAGACGAGGAAGUUCCUCCAGAGGAGGCUGGCCGAGACGCACGAGCUUGGCGGCACCUUGAGGUCGAUAGGGACCUGGGUGGGCUUCACAGCGAGUGCGGGCUUGAACGUCCUCAGGAGUAAGGGCCUACGGAUAUAG